AUGAGCUACUUGAUCAAAUUAAAUCUACUGGCGGGUCCGAAUAUGUCAAUAGACCUUCCUGAGGCUAAGGCGGAUACUUUACAGGAAGUCUUCUCGGACAAGUUCCAAUAUAUUAACUUGGAUCAUUAUAACAUUUACCACUUUGAAGAGCUCCCAAUUGAUGGUCGACGUUAUCAGUACCGAUUGUCUUCUAAGGGCGACUUGAUGACUGUAGUAACUCAUAUAGCAGGGAGAGCAGUUCUGUUGGUGUCUGUCUGGACAAAUAUGGAUUAUGAGAAACGUCUACGUGAAAUACAUCAGCAUAUUUUAGAAAUGGAGCGUACAAGUUCUAUUCCUACGGAUUUUCGAGGUAUGCUUAGUCGAGGAAAUGAACAAAUGGUGUCAUUGACAAAGUAUUCUAUCUGUACAUUAGACGUGCAUGUGUUUAUGCCUGAUAUGCGUCGGUUACAUUCACACGGUAAAUCCUCGUUAAGACGUUGUUUGUCUUAUUGGACUGAUGAACACAAAAAAGCUGUAGCAGUGACUGGGACUUAAAAAUUAUGUGGAUCCUAAAACAGGUUAUACUGUUUUCACUGAAAUUGGACAUUUACACCGUGGUUAUUGUUGUGGCUCAAAAUGUCGACAUUGUCCGUAUAAUCAUGUGAACUGUCCAGAAGAAUCGCCUAAAGAAGAAGAAAAAUAAUCAAUCGUGUUCAUCUCUGGUUGAAGUGGACAGCAUAUGUAUGCUCUGUUACGUCAUCGCUACCUUCCUCCAACCUCCAGCCUUUCAGUCCUACCUAAUCAUUUUAAUGCGCUGUCCUUUUUUGCUAAAUCAGUUAACUCUCACUUUCUGUCAAUGAAGCUUCCUUUUUAUCAUAAUUAGUUUUUCUUUUAAUUUUCAAUAAAUUUUAUUCUUAUG